AUGUUUUGCGUUCCAGAACUAUCCUUACGCGAACUCCACGAAAGAAGUAUAAGACAGUUUCGCAAGAAGAACUUCCCAGACCAUCCGAGCAAGGAGGAACCGGAAGUGUUGAAUAUAGUAGAACCAAAGCAUCGCGUAGUCUACCACCGUGACGAUCUUAAAAACAUAUCGUUCGAAGAUUUCACUCCAACCAGACGUGGUAGAUACUCGAGGGAACAAGCGUAG